GGGACCUGAGGAGGGUCAGCCAGCCGUGAGCGGGGCUCCACCCCCGCAGCCUCCAGCCCAGGCCCCACCGAGAGAGCCUCACGGAGGAAGGUCAAGGGCAAUGCGCACGCGGGCCUGUGACCUCCUGGAGCACACACCAGGGGCGCCUUUCUGGACCAGCCCUACGUGCAGGACCCGACAGCCAGGCUCGGGGGGCCAUGCCGGGAGCCUAAUCUGGAGUCCCCAGGCGGCCGGGGCCCAGACGGGGCUUUGUGCUGGGCUACUCGAGCGGAAAUCGCGCCCAGCCCGGUGCGAUCCCGUGAGGGAGCGAGAAGUUGAUGAAGAGCGGUUCUUUCCUGCUCUCCCUGCCCGCCUUUGGGGCGCAGCGUUUACGCGUAGAAAUCCGGGCCUUCUUAGCAGGGCAGCGCAGAGAAACCGGGUCGUGUCUCCCUGAGAAGCCGUGCACAAAUCAUCGCGUCCAGGCACGGGCCCUGAUUGGGCUCCUUGAGACUGAACCCCACGUCCUUAACCCUUCCUCAGCCCGGUCCCUGUGGUUUCAGAGGCUCUUUGAGGAUCAGAGAAACAAAGAGCUGCUGAAAGAACAAAGAAACUCCCGGGAAGGAAUUGCACUCAAUGUCGUUGUCAGCUGCGGGAGGCGAGGGGUCGGGGAACAGCUGUGGAGGCGCCACAGCGGAGGGCGUGCGAGGUCGCCGACACCCGUGGCCGAGCUAGGUGGCCGCGUCCUUCAAAGGCACAGAGCUGCCUCCUGCCCCGUCAUCACCCACUUCCUCCUUGACCGUCAGCUGGAGCCCCGCCUGCAGACUGAUAUCAGCCAGCGUCUCAGGGGUCGUCCAUGCAGAUUUCUGGAUUUUCCUCAGGCUUUCCCAAGACCUUCUGCUGCCAAGUGUGGGCUGCCCCCUGACCUGCACUUCCUGCCUUAA